UGAAGACAAGAUGGGGAUCACACCUGUGUGUUAAAGAGGUUUCUGCCUCGUUGUGGCUCGUAGUAAACACAUACCAAAGAAGGUUCCUUCUUCCUUUUGUCAACAAACAAUUCACUCUCCCUUGGACCUGCUAUCUGCGUCCUGCAGAAACAUUACACUUACGCUAUGGGAAGCGGCACCUCAACCCAACAUCAUUUUGCUUUCCAGAAUGCAGAGAAAGCCUUCAAGGCAGCGGUCCUGAUCCAGAGAUGGUACCGGCGCUACAUGGCCCGCCUGGAGAUGAGGCGGCACUGCACCUGGAGCAUCUUCCAGUCUAUAGAGUAUGCUGGGCAGCAAGACCAGGUCAAGCUCCACAAUUUCUUCAGCUACCUUGUGGAUCACUUCACCCCCAACAAUCACAACGAGAGGGACUUCCUGAACCGCAUGUUCACUGAAGAGAGAUCCCCCCAGGACUCCGAGAUGGAGAAUUGCAGGGACUAUGAAUCCAUCGAGGUACCGGACAGUUACACGGGGCCACGCCUCUCCUUCCCGCUCCUUCCCGACCAUGCAACUGCUCUGGUGGAAGCUUUCCGAGUGAAACAAAGGCUCCACGCUCGCUAUGUCUUGAAUCUUUUGUAUGAAGCCAGGAAACAUCUGGUACAACUACCAAACAUCAACCGGGUCUCCACCUGUUACAGCGAGGAAAUCACAGUAUGUGGAGAUUUACACGGCCAGUUGGAUGACUUAAUCUUUAUAUUUUAUAAGAACGGCCUCCCGUCACCAGAGCGGGCCUAUGUGUUCAACGGCGACUUUGUGGAUCGAGGGAAGGAUUCAGUAGAGAUCCUGAUGGUUCUUUUUGCCUUCAUGUUGGUUUACCCAAAAGAGUUCCAUCUCAACCGAGGAAACCACGAGGACCAUAUGGUGAACUUACGAUAUGGUUUCACAAAGGAAGUGAUGCAUAAAUAUAAGACACACGGCAAGAAAAUACUAAAACUACUGCAAGAUGUGUUCUGCUGGCUUCCGCUGGCCACGCUGGUUGAUGAGAAAGUCCUGAUUCUUCAUGGUGGAGUGUCAGACAUGACUGACUUGGAGUUCUUGGCUAAACUAGACAGGCACAAGAUUGUUUCCACCAUGAGGUGCAAAACGAGAAAGGAGCAUAAGAAACAGGCGGAGGAGGAGGGAAAAGCCAACCAGACGAGCUCUGCCGGGACACCGUCCCCGUGGUUUCUCCCCCAAAGCCACUCUCUCCCCACAUCGCCCCUCCGCCCCAGCACCCAGAAGGCCCACAGAGCCGGGCGCUCCUCCAGCGUCCCCUGCGGGGUCCCUCUGGACCCCAAGGAGCUCUCCCAUUGGGUGCGGCACUCCGUGGACCUGGAGCUGGAGAGGUGUCGGCAGCAAGCGGGCUUCCCAGAGAUCAAGGAGAAGGAGGAACUCUUGCCCUCGGCAUCCAAAGCGGACCCGGAAGCUGAGGGGCGGCGGGAGCCCACUCAGGAGGAGUGGAGGCAGGUGGUGGAUAUACUGUGGAGUGACCCCAUGGCUCAGGAGGGCUGCAAGGCCAACACCAUUCGAGGAGGUGGCUGUUAUUUUGGGCCUAACGUGACAGAACGGUUGCUACAGAAAUACAAUCUGCAAUUCCUGAUCCGCUCGCACGAGUGCAAACCCGAGGGCUACGAGUUCUGCCACAGCCGCAAGGUGUUAACCAUCUUUUCUGCCUCCAACUACUACGAAGUUGGCAGUAACAGAGGAGCCUAUGUCAAACUAGGGCCGGCCUUGACCCCACACAUUGUGCAGUUUCAAGCUAACAAGGCAACCCACACGCUUACCAUGAGGCAAAGGAUUAGCAGAGUUGGGGAGUCAGCUCUGAGAGCCCUACGUGAAAAGUUAUUUGCCCAUUCCUCAGAUCUUCUUGUUGAAUUUAAGAAGCAUGAUAAAGAUAAGACUGGUCUAAUCACCCUGAGUGACUGGGCAGCAGCCGUGGAGUCUGUGUUGCAUCUAGGACUGCCAUGGCGGAUGCUGAGGCCACAGCUGGUGAGCAGCUUGACAGAUAACAAGCUGGAAUACAAGUCCUGGCUGAAAAACUUGGCCAAAGAACAAUUCAGCCAUGAGAAUAUACAAUCAAGUUUGCUGGAAGCACUGUAUCGAAACCGAUCCAACCUGGAGACCAUUUUUAGGAUCAUAGACAGUGAUCAUUCAGGGUUCAUUUCACUGGACGAGUUCAGGCAGACUUGGAAGCUGUUCAGCUCUCAUAUGAACAUUGAUGUCACAGACGACUGCAUCUGUGACCUUGCCCGGAGCAUUGACUUCAACAAAGAUGGCCACAUUGACAUCAAUGAGUUCCUGGAGGCCUUCCGCCUUGUGGAGCAAUCCUGCUCAAAGGGUUACGCAUCAGAUUGCUGA